AUGGUACCACCAGAGUGGACACGUAUCUUCCAGAAUGAAGCAAAAGAUCUCGAGCAAGGAGACGUCUGGUGUCUGGAGUUUGAUUACUUUAUUAGGCCGGAGAACCCGGAGCAGGGAUGGAAGGAAUACAUCAGGAGCACAAGUGCAUGGUUUACAUGCGCCCAGUGUGGAAGGUGUUGGCCUUCCAACCGGGUGAUGGUGUUCUUCCACAUGCGCCUGAUGGACAGACAGGGUAUUGUCAAGGUGAGGCCGUUCCGUCAAAACUGCAAGAAAUGCAACAAUGCCCCGAUGGAGGAGCCCAGCAUCGCCUCCAAUAACAUUAGCAUCCUCCUGAAGAACCUGGUGAAGAAGAUAAGAAUAAAGUGCUACAAUGAAAGGCCGGAAAACGACAACAGAUAUUUUGUGCGCUAUGACGUCAGAAGUCACCAUGAGCCAGACCAUUGCGAAGCCUGUAUUGAAGGUGUUUGUACAAGAGAGUUUCCUCAAUCCAGCGAUCCAAUGAAAUCCCUCUAACCAAAAGCAUCAGUCCAAAAAAAAAGUAUCAGUUUUAUGAUCGGUAUUAAAGUCUUAGCCUAUUAUUAAAAUCAUGAACUGCAUGAAAGCUUUCCCUGUUUCAUAGUUUUGCUCCUUCAUAUGUAUAUCAUAAACAUGUUAAUGUUGUAAUUUUUUGACAAAUUAAUAUGUAUACUUAAAAGCAUUUUUAAAAGCCCACUUGCAAGCAUAAUUGUAAUGUAUAUAAGAUUUUUUAAAGAAACUAAAUGUAAUGUGUUGUAUGUGUCAAUUAAUAGAAUGUAUCUCCAAGGGGGAAAUUAUUUGAAGUGGGAUAUAACAUACAGUAAACAUAAAAAACUAGUUAAAAUGACAGAUCACAAACAUAUCAAAGACCUAGUCUAAACAUGGUAAAUAUGCAUGCCAGAAACACAUCACAUAAAGGAACCACAGUACUUGGAGCAAUCAUAUGACAAUAUACAGACAAAAGCAAUACAGAACACUGCAGAAAAAGAACAUAGUACUGUCAGUUGUUUAUUAACUAUUAAAGAUACAUUUCUGUAUAAUUACCUGUCCACAGUGCU